AAAAGUUCAAAGGAGAAAACGGACUUAUUUUACCGGGCCAUUUUGUGUUUCCUCGGUCACGUGGGUUGACAGAAUGGAAAGGGAGAUUAAAUUGUGAAACUAAUUAAUGACAUUAUAAAUAGCGUACCUUUUAAAUACACCUGAAUUUGAUUACAGGUGAAAGUCGGAACUUGCUCUCAGGAGUGCAGCAUGAACACCGCAGGCAAGCUCUGGCCUGUUCGAGAUUGACUGGAUUAUGGUGUAAUGCUCAGGAUUGUGCCACGGAUUUACGUGAAAUUUUGCCGAGAUACUCGUCCCUAAGACCCGUCAAUAUGCCGACCUUAACGGAUACUACGUUUACGCUCUUCGUCAUUUUACCUUCACAAAAUGUCUGCACACUAAGACGAUUAUCAUCCGGAAUCACAGUAACUAAUUUGAAAUGUAAUUUAGAAUUAAUGGCCGGAUUUCCGGCGCACGUCUACCGUCUUGCAUACCCGGAUGGAGAAAUGUUAGAAGACAACAAACGCCUUCUAAUUAAGAAGACAGUUGAUGAUGGAUACGUGUUACGGAUGGUAUUGGACGCUGAGUGGGACUCGUUGUGUCAGAAUAUCUUACAGGAUAAUGUAGAGUUGGUAUACAGUGACGUAUCCCAAGGGGGCGUGGUCCCUGCGGAUCACGUGGACAGAGCUAGUUGUGCCCUUUUCAUGGCCAGUCACAGAGGACAAAUAAGGAUGUGCAACAUGCUUAUAUCCGUUGGUGCCACCGUUAAUUGGAAGACUCGGUUCGGGAGGACAGCCGUCCAUGCGGCGGUCAGUGCGGACUGUGUUUGUAUCCUGGAAUUACUGGCCGCCGAAGGAGCUAAGGCCGACGUUGAGGAUGUCCAGGGGGUCACUCCAAGUCAGACAGCCAUAACUUACGGAUCUACUCUUUGUAGUAAGAAAUUACGCCUGAUGCAGUUAAAUCUCAGAGGCAAGUCCGCGCAUGCGCGAGCUUCCGAGAGGAUUGUUUCAAGGCCGCCGCGAAUUCCUAGUGAACCGGUUCGCCGACCGCCAAAUUUACCAUCGGAGACUUGGCGGAGACCUACCACUGUCCAUGUUAGUUUCCCAGGAGUCAGUGAUACAUCGAGGGUAAAAUCAUUUGACAAGCUUGUUAACAUUACAAGUGCAAAUUCACACCUCGGCGAAUGUAAACAUUCCAGUUCGAGUGGGUUCUUCGCUCCUAAUCACCAUGAAAUGUAUUUGGAACGAGCAAGAACUUUUUCGAGGGGACAAGAAAAGAGACAUCUAAAUCACUCAGAGGAUGGCGGAAAUGUUUUGUUUGGAAAACAACUGACGAUUCUUCGAUCGAAACGCGUGUUAAAGUUUGGUUCAGACGAUGAUAUCGGUAAUUCUAGAAGCCACACUCCGGGAAGUUUGAGAUCCGAAGGAUGUUUUACGCCUGCGUUGCUCAACAGAAACAAAUCUGCCUUGUCAAUUAACAGUGACCAAUAUGGCAAAGAUCACGGAACGGACACUACAAAAAUGACGAUUCGUCCUGGCAAAAAAUCUCCGAAAUAUGUGCGGUUUUCAGCAAACGAACGAUUUUGGACGAUUUUCCCUAGGACAAACACCAACGUAAACCCCGAAUCAAUAAAACGGAAGAUCCACCUUGUUGCUGGAACAAGGAAGACUCAAGUUCCCCAACAGACAGAUUAUAAAUACGGCGAUUCACAUGGAGCAUGGCUAAAGAAGAAGAAAGAAGUAGAACGGAAAUUAGAACCAGAUUCUUCUGGCGAUGAAAGCGAUGGAAAUGAUGACAAAAAUGACGAGGCUUUUAAAAACUGGAUAGAAAACAAAAAACAUCCACCGGAGUCUAAACGUCACGUGACUGGAAAUCGGCCAAUCCACGGCAUCAUUACAAUCGGAAGUACAGAGGUCGGGAAUGCAGCGCAACCGGAUUCCACCUUCAACAUCCGGGCAUAUAAAGAGUGGUUAGGCAGGCGAAAACAGCAUGGUCCUAAAUCACACCGAAUGCGCACUAUGCAAGAUUUCAUGGCGCAGAAACGGACGCUGGAAGAGAAAAGACAGCAACUUUUGUUGACCGCUGUUUCGUACGAUGAGUGGCUUGAACAUACUGGAGAAAAACAGGCUUUAAUUCGACAAAUCCUUGGUGCUGACAUAAACCAACUCAGAGUGAUAGAAGAAAGGGAGUUACAGAAACGUCCCAAACUGUAUAGUGCGAAUGGUCAGAUAAAAAUGGCCACCACCGAGAGUGGAACAAGGACAGUAGGUGGGCAGGACAAAGACGCAUUAAGGAAAGAACUAUUGCGGUAUAAUGCAUCCGUGCACAAGCACGAGGCUCCCCUCAAAAUUAACAACUGAGCGUUGCUCUAGCGCACCGUAUCAGAGUGUUUAGACAAAAAUACAGAGAAAAAAAUCGACAGAAAUAUCUUAUUUAGAAGUAGCAUAUUGUCUUGGGUUGUAAUAGAGACACAUUUGUCCGUUCAAUAUGACAUACUGUAAACCGCUCUGAUUUCGCGCGGGGAAAUUUUCUCGGUUAAGUUGUAUUGUAUUCGCUAUGUAUAAAUCCUUCCUUAAAGUUUCGACGCAAUUAAAUCCAUUAUAUUACUUGA